AUGCCCUUGUCUUGUGUUGUGUUGUUUCAGGAAUAUUUAACUUAUACUCAAGCCAGUGAUAAAAGUUUCAAUUUAAAGAAUAUUGAUGCUUCUACCGGACACGUAGCGUAUUUAGGUUUAUGUAUAGUGACUCAAAAGAUUGAAUAUUUAGAUGAAAAUCUUUUACACUGUUCAUAUGCCAUGCAAAGAAACAAAUGA